AUGUCUAGGGCAACCUCAGGUCCUAGCUUUUGGUGUGCGGCUGCAGCAUGCCUGUUCUUACUCUACGUCACCUACAGCCUCAUCUACGCCUUUUGUUGGUCGCCCCUGCGCCACUUCCCUGGUCCAAGGCUAUGGGCGUUAUCUAGCAUUCCAUCUAACCUCUCCGUCCUCCGUGGCUAUAAUCACCUAGAAAUCCUGGCGCUGCACAAGAAGUACGGUCCCGUCGUUCGCCUAGGUCCCAACGAAUUGGCCUUCAACACAGCUCAGGCCUUUCGCGAUAUCUACGGCACCCGACCUGGCGGUUGUUUUCCCAAGAAUCGAAGCCAUUACAUAGCCCCGGCAAAUGGGGUCGAUCAUUUGGUCUGUGCGGUCGAUGAUGCGACCCAUGCGAGACAGAAACGGCUGCUCGCCCAUGCCUUCUCUGAAAAGGCUUUGAGAGACCAAGAGGGUCUUAUAACAGGUUAUGUAGAUACCUUGAUCACCAAACUACGGUAUCAAGUUCGGCAAGGGACAUCAAUCGUCGAUAUCAAAAGCUGGAUGAACUUCACUACUUUUGACAUCACCGGUGAUCUGAUGUUUGGCGAGUCCUUCGACUGCCUGAAGGACAAUCAGCUUCACCCGUGGAUUAAGUUGAUCUUUAGCUCCAUGAAGGCUCUUGCCUAUACUGGAGUUGUGAAUCAGUUCCCCAUGCUCAAGGGACUACUGGACUUAUUCCUUCCGCGAGAAGUCAAGCGCGUUGGCCAGGAACAUUUUGAUCUGAGUGCACAGAAGGUUGACCGUCGCUUGGAGUCGAAUAUGGCUCGUCCGGACUUUAUGUCUGCCAUUCUUCAGCAUGGACUAAGCGAGGAGAAGGGCCAGUAUCGCGAGAGCGAGCGUAUUAUGACUCGGGCGGAGAUUCAUUCUAAUGGCUUUAUUCUAAUCGUGGCAGGUAGCGAAACAUCUGCGACCCUACUUUCCGGCUGUAUCUUCUACCUGUGUACAGCUCCACACGCCAUGACCCGCCUUGUCGCCGAGAUCCACUCGACUUUCAAACAGGACACUGACAUGACCUUUCGUGCCGUGGAAGAUCUGAAAUACAUGAAUGCUGUUAUCGAGGAGUCGCUGCGUAUCUACCCGCCCUUCGUGACGAGCCUGUCACGGCUUGUGCCACAAGGCGGAGCAGUCGUGAACGGCCACUUUCUCCCUGAGGAAACGGUUGUGGCAUGUCACCACUACGCCUCCUACCACUCCGAGUCCAACUUUACCUUCCCGGACAAGUUUAUGCCAGAACGCUGGCUGGAACCCAAUCCGACUUUCGAGAAUGACAAGAAAGAUGUCUUGCAGCCAUUCAGUCUCGGACCACGUGUCUGCCUUGGAAAACAUCUUGCAAAUUGCGAAAUCCGCCUGAUUCUUUGCAAGCUUCUCUACCACUUUGACAUAGCCCUGCGCCCAGAGAGCACCAACUGGGUCGACCAGAAAGUCUAUUUCCUUUGGGAUAAGCCGGCUCUGACGGUCACGCUGAAAGACAGAUUUCCUGGCGCUGGUGGGUCAGAUUCUCAGGAGCCCAUAGCUCUGUUCUCAGAAUGA